AUGGCAGGCGUCCGACUCCAAUACCGCCGUCGCAACCCUUACAACACCACCUCGAACAAUGUCCGUGUGAUCAAGACCCCAGGCGGAAAGCUCCGACUCCUGCACAUCAAGAAGCGAGGAACCGCUCCCAAAUGCGGUGACUGCGGCAUCAAACUCCCAGGUGUUCCCGCUCUCCGACCCAGAGAAUACGCCACUACGUCCCGACCGAAGAAGACCGUCCAGCGUGCCUACGGCGGCUCGAGAUGCGCCAACUGCGUCCGGGACAGAAUCGUUCGGGCUUUCCUCAUUGAGGAGCAGAAGAUUGUCAAGAAGGUGCUGAAGGAGACCCAGGAGAAGAAGGGAAAGAAAUAA